AUGUCCGCGACCAAACCCGACCCGGACCCAGCUCCGUUUCCUUUCCUUCGACUACCGGCGGAAAUACGCAAUAGGGUCUAUGACUUCGCUACCCAGGAGAUGGAGGGGAAGACUGCACGUUUAUUCCCCAAGCCGACCCCGGAGCCUAACAUUCUUGACAAGGACUUACAGCCCAUUGAGUCUAUUGGCUUGAUGGGUGUGUGUCAGCAGAUCCUGUCCAUACUUGCGAGGGAAGACACGUUUGUCAAGUUGGCCCCGGUUCCCAUUCUCAAAAUCCGACUCGAUCAUGUUCGUAAGGCGCGCGGAUUUUCUCUUAACAAGUGGCGCAUACUGCUCCAGAACGAGGGAGACAAGCUGACAUCCGACCAAGAGAUGAAAGUCAAGGAACUUUGUCAGGCACUCUCUGACCUGCUACCCCCGAACCGAGCACGCGGCACAUAUAGAUGGGGAGUUCAUGAUAUGAAUGAAGUGCUUGCGAGCAGGAACCUUGCCGACGUGCAUGUAAAGGUUAACAACUCGAAAGGGCAAUUCAUGACGAAGUAUGUGUGGCAAGGCGAGAGGAAUACCAUGACGAAGAAGGGAGUGGGUAAGGGCAAGUGA